AUGUACGCAUUCUCCUGGGCCGAAAAAUCACCAGUCGGCCCUUCCUGUAUCAGCUGGGCCAAUGGCCAUUCCUUCCGACAUAUUCUCUUGGGCCAAAACCGAUUGGCUGGCUCUUCCGAUAUCAUAUGCUGGGUCAACACAAAACCUACUGGUCAGCGCUUGGGCCCAAAAUCACUAGCAGAGCCCUUCCGAGAUGACAUGGAUAUAGAAUAUCCAGCUGGGCCUAUCUGUUCUUCCUUCCGAGACAUAUAUACAGGGCCCAUCCGUCACUCUCAGUACCUGUAUCCCAAUACGAUCGGCCCGCUUAUCCUAUUGAUCUCACACUUGGCCGACCCGCCAGCAUGGGUACUAUUCCAAGCUGUGGGCCCAUCCGUGAUCAGCUAUGCUUGGGCUCACAUUGGAUGGCCCGCCUCACUGGGUCGAUUCUCAACCUUUGGCUGUCCGACUAAGUCGGGAAAUGUUACUGAAGGGGCUCGCCCCGGCGCCGGUGCUGCCGAUAUACAAUUGUUCAAAAUGGGCUUAUUCCCGGCGUCUUUCUUGGAACCGAAGACAGCAUUCACUUUCGAUGUCUUAAAUGACUUCUUGCUCGACAACCUGGAGUGCGGAACAUCGGCGAUGAACUACUACAGUAAAUUGAGAAGGAUGACAACGACCGUCUUUCCGCAUUUGGUGCCAGACCGGUACCGGGAGCUCAUGAGGGUGGCGAGACAAUGGAGGAAACUCAAGCUUCUCAAAAGGAAUGGCUUCGGCCAUGAGGAAAGGAAGUCAAACCCGGCGAUUUAG